UGCCUAGCAGGAUUAUCUGAAAGGCCUUGACGGAAGCACUGAAUUAACGAGCAUCUUCUGCUCUGUCUGACCAAUUUUUUAGCUCAUUAGUUUCUUCUCAGUUAAGACAAAAAGAUGUCUAACCAAAGACGGUCUGCGCUGUCUCCCCUGCUGUUCUGUUUCCUCCGAGAGAGUGCCUGCAUUUGUGAUGGGACAAUCUGGACCAAGGUCGGAUGGGAGAUUUUUCCAGAUGAAGUGCACUCCCUGAAAGCUAAGGCUCCCCCGUCCCACUGUCUCCCUUACCCUCUGGACAAAUUCUGCUGCAACUUUGCUAACGUGGACCUAAUCCAGAGUUCUUUACACCUCACGUACAUCUUAGUGCAAGCUCUCUUCUUAAUCCUGUUUGUUUUAUCUGUGCAUUAUCUAUGGAUGAAAUGGACGAGACAUCAAAGAAAGCUGAAAAAGCAAGCCUCUUUAGAGAAACAUGGUAAUAACCUAGAGAGCCCAUCCAUCUAUGAUAUUGAACAAAUCCUCUGCAGACUGCUGGCCACAACAUCAAUGAUGACCAAGUUCCUGAAGCAGACAAGAAAACUAAAAUUCAGAGAUGCUCAGAAACUUGCCUCAAGGAACGCAGCCAGGAAAAUGAUGGAUGCAAGAUACCAACCUGGGCAGUCUGACUCCUGAGCUCCUCCACAUCUACUAAGGAAGAGGGCAAUCUCCCUAUCAGUUGCCCACUUCGGAACUGCAAGCCUUUAUGAUUUUAAGGAACUUUCGUCAGACUCUAAUUACCCUUGCUUUACUCUCAAUCGAAAUCAUUAUCACUGUGUAUGCUUUGGUUUGCAAAUUAAUCUUUUGAAUUAAAUCUGACAGUGUGACUUGCCAAACUAGAAAGCAAUUUCCUGGGCUUAGUGAGGUGUGCAGUAAAGGGGGAAACACA